GCAUAUAUACUUUCUAUGCAUUUGUGUGUAUGUGCAGCGAGUGGGUGUGAGGGGGUGGUAGAAGGCAGGGACUCCACCUGCUGCCACCUGUUCAUCUGCUGUGCGCCUUAUAAAAAGCCGCUCCGUUAUGUGCAGCACAGACACCUUGGACUCUUCACACUGUCCGCUUCCAAAGCAAAAGGAGAAAGAGCUUGGGACAUGAAGCCUCGCCGCUCGAGCUGCACAGACUCUGGAUCCGAAUCUUCAGAAGCGGACUCCAAAAGCCCGGAGAAAUACGAGUCGGCCACGCGGCGGAGGAUGGCCGCCAACGCCAGAGAGAGGAAGAGGAUGCAGGGCUUGAACACGGCCUUCGACCGGUUACGAAAAGUGGUGCCGCAGUGGGGUCAAGACAAGAAACUGUCCAAGUAUGAAACCCUGCAGAUGGCUCUCAGCUACAUCAUGGCCCUCAACCGGAUCCUGACGGACACUAAGAGGAACAACGCUGCACAUGUGCAGUGGGUGGACUUGCAAUUGGAUUGCGUGCAGCCUGACGACUAUCAGUACCUCAUGAGGUACGAUUCCACGGGGCAGGACUAUAUCAACUCUUCUUUCUCUUAUCAGUUUGACGGGCAUCAGCUCAACGUAUGAAAAAAAA